AUGGACACCGCAGGCACACAAGAAUGGCCGGACGAACGAUUGAAGGUCCUUAUCCCGGUGUGGACCUUGACGCUGAUCAGUACCGCAUUCUUGGUAUGGAGAGUCGUGUACGGACUGCGAUCGCGCAAGUUCAUCAUCUGUGAUUACCUGUUGAUCAUUGCCACUGCUCUCAACAUCGCAGCGACGUCGCUCAAUCAAGUAGUCGUGAAUAAUGGUCUUGGACGCCACAUCAUGGACCCUACGGUUUUCCCGAAUCUCAGAACCUACAGUUACUAUCUAUGGAUCACACAGAUCGUUAACAUCAUUGCCGUUGCGUUUCUGAAGUGGUCCAUCUGCGCCUGGCUGCUCGUGCUGAACUUUUCCAAGCUGUACCGAAUCAUUAUCUGGCUUUCGAUCUUGAUGGUUACUGCCUUCAACUUCCUUGCACCAGUUUUGACAUUGUUCGGAUGUACACCCCUGGAGCGAAAUUGGAACUUUGGAUACACUGGAGAAAGCCAUUGCUGGGCGAAAGGCACACUCGCGCUAUCCUACUUUCAGGGUAUCAGCAACAUCAUCACAGAUGUAGUCUACAUGGCUGCACCUCUUAUCUAUCUUUCGCGCGUCCAGUUGAGCAAGCGAACUCAAUGGGGUAUUCGCAUUGUCUUCUUGCUCAGUAUCCCUGCAACGAUAUGCUCAAUCUUCAAGACCAUCGAACUCAAGUCCAUCACUAAAACGCAAGACCCGACAUGGGACGGUGUCUCUCUCACUAUCUGGUCCAGUUCUGAACUCUCAAUCGGUAUCCUCAUCGCAUCGCUUCCACCGCUCCGCAAAGCAUUCGAUCACAUCUUCAAAAGGAUCCUACCCUCAACCAUCACUGGUUCAGGAAAAACACCACAAUACGGCUACGGUCGCUCCACCGGCCAAGGCGCAAACAGCAUCCACAUGAAGAACUUUCAAGGCAGCAAAGCCUAUCACUCCCGAUUACCCGGCGAAAGUAUCCUAGACGGCGACGACGAGAGCGAUCGAGCCAUCUUGCCUGACGACGAGCACAAGGGCCCUGGGAUCAUGAAGAGUACCAAUGUCCAAGUCACCGUCUCGGAAGAUGUAGAAGAGGCAGGGAGUAGUUCAAAUUCCAAAGGCGGCGAGAGCCCCAAGAUGUAUAAACCAGAGAUUGACUGGGCGAGUCCACACUUGGAAAGUGGUGGUGGUCCGCAUCACCAGGCUCGGUAA